UGGACAGAGAAAGAUGCAUGCAGAUCUCAACUGAUUGGCCCGAUGCAACAAUCUACGCAACAAUCUUUAUCAAAGAAUCCCUGAAUAUAUUGGCAAAAUCAAUGAUACCAUAGAUCAAUAGUGCAAACCAACACUCAUUCUGCAAUACAAGUGGAUUGAACAAGUAAAAUGAUUGUGCAUUCAAGUACCCCAAGUUUUGAUGUUUCAAAUAAUGCAUACCCCCUGUAGAACUUUCUCAAAUUGCCACAAUCUUUGUAAAGAUUACACGAAUACAGAAACAACUGUCAAAUCUUAAGAUUUCACUUCACUAAAAGCCAGUGUAAAGCAGUUACAUGUUAAUAUCAUAUGACAAAGAGAUACCAUGGAAGCUCCUUGCCCCAACUGAAUUGGAGACAAUAAAUUGAUUUUGGUUUGAGAUUAUUGUACUACUAUGACAGUUACAUAUACUGCCCAGGUUGCAACUAGUAAAUUCGGCUGUUUCUGGAAACUACUUGCAAGAUGGAAGGGAAGCAUAUACAAGGUGGUUUGGGCUGACUUCUUGCUGUUUUGUGGGCUGUACUAUAUUCUCAGCUUUGUGUACAGAUUCGCUUUGAAUCCUAAACAGCGAAGGGUAUUUGAGAAUGUGGCUUCAUAUUGUGAUCGCUUCAACAAUUUGAUUCCUGUUGCAUUUGUGCUUGGAUUCUAUGUAUCAAUCGUGGUCUCGCGUUGGUGGGAGCAGUUCAACUGUAUACCAUGGCCUGACAGGUCAGCCUUGUUUGUGUCUGCUAACAUCCAUGAUAUGUGCCGUGAUGAUCAGAGAAGUCGACUUUUGCGUCGUACCAUUAUGCGCUACCUCAACCUCUCAUAUGUUUUCACCUUGUCAUGUAUAAGUACCUCUGUCAAGAAAAGAUUCCCCACCAUGGAUCAUAUCACGGAGGCUGGAUUCCUUCUACCAAAUGAACAGGUUGUGAUUGAAAAUAUUAAGACACCUUUCUCCAAGUAUUUUGUUCCACUUGUCUGGGCCACAAGUCUUGUCACACGUGCUCGUAAGGAAGGACGCAUAAAAGAUGACUUUGCUGUGAACACUCUUAUUGCAGAAAUCAAUGAAUACAGAGGUAAACUUGGGACCCUGUUCAACUAUGACUGGAUUAGUGUACCCCUUGUAUAUACACAGGUGGUCACUUUGGCAGUAUACACAUUCUUCCUCUCGUGUUUGAUUGGACGACAGUUCCUGCAGCCUGAGGAUAAGUUCCAGUCAGUUCCAGUAGAUAUGUAUGUUCCAGUCUUCACAUUCCUUCAGUUUCUGUUCUACAUUGGCUGGCUCAAAGUUGCUGAAACUCUUGUUAAUCCAUUUGGUGAAGAUGAUGAUGAUUUUGACAUGAAUGGCGUCAUUGACAGAAAUAUCCAGGUAUCAUACCUGGUAGUUGAUGAGAUGCACUCAGAGCACCCAGAAUUGAUAAAGGACCAGUACUGGGAUGACGUUGACUUUGAACUUCCAUACACAAAGGCUGCUGAGGAGUUCAAGGGUGAUCUUCAUAUGGGAUCUGCUGUUGAUAUUGUGGUGUCACCAAGGCAAGCAGAGAUAGUUCCAACGCUGAGUUCCAUAAAAGAAAUUGACAUCGAUGAUAACUUCAUAACACCUACCUCAGAUGAGGAUGUUCGAAUCAGCAUGGUGCCACAGAGAAAACAGCAUACACCAGCCUCUCCUGCUUCAAUGAAGAGUUCUGUCAAGAGCUCAUUUGCAACGUCAGUUAAAUCAAGUUUCCGUAAUCUGCGCAAGAAACCAAAUCAUCCCAAGAACUCAUUGCGGGUGCUGAGAAUUCGCUCUAAAUCUCAUGGCACAGGUAGCCAGAAUUCUGUGUCGAACAGUGAGCCACAUGCAAGCCCCAGUACAACAGCUAGAUCACUCAACCAGGACAGUCACUUGGAGGACAUAUUUAACAUGUCAGAUAUUGACACGGAGGAAAUCAUUUACAAACCUAUGAAUCGCAGUCUGCCACCUAGUGGUGAACCUAAUGGGGAACAUACUUCCACUUGGCUGAAGCAUCAUCUGAAAUCCCAGCAUUCCCAAGAUGAUAGCCUCAAACCUGGGACAUCACAGAAUAGUCUCAAACCAGGGAACUUUGAGGAAAAGAAGAAAAGCCCAAGUGAUGGAGCUAAAAUUAAGUCUGUGGGUAAAUCUGUGGGGAACAGCGUGCAGUCUGGUAUAGAUGAAGUGGAUAAGGAGGAUCAUACGUCAUCUGGUACUAUAACAGAUAACCAAGGUGUCACUGCAUCCAUCGGGGCUCUGUUAAAUGGGGAAGGAGGGAAUAAUGUUGAAGGGGGAGAAGUUAAUGGAGAGGGGGGAGCUGGGCAUAGUAAGGGAGGGGCAUACAGGAAGGGAGGACCUUAUGGGGGAAGAGGAGCUAUUGAGGAUGGCAAGCCCCAAGAGGCUAGCUCCCCAAUAGACUGGAAUGAUCCUAUAUUGGAGCGCUCUGUAUCCCAGAUUGAACAAGUGAACCCAGGUGGAGUGAAGUCUCAACUGGGAAACAAUGUUGCAUAA